AUGGCGACCGAGCUUACCGUCCAGUCUGAGCGUGCUUUCCAGAAGCAGCCUCACAUCUUCCAGAACUCCAAGGUCAAGACCAAGUCCGCCCGCCCCGGCAAGUCUGGCCGAAGAUGGUACAAGGACGUCGGUCUGGGUUUCCGCACCCCCAAGACCGCCAUUGAGGGCAGCUACAUCGACAAGAAGUGCCCCUUCACUGGUCUCGUCUCCAUCCGUGGCCGUAUCUUGACUGGUACCGUCGUUUCCACCAAGAUGCACCGCACUCUCAUCAUCCGCCGCGAGUACCUCCACUACAUCCCCAAGUACGCCCGUUACGAGAAGCGCCACAAGAACCUCGCCGCCCACGUCUCCCCGGCUUUCCGUGUCCAGGAGGGUGACCAGGUUACCGUCGGCCAGUGCCGACCUCUGAGCAAGACUGUCCGAUUCAACGUUCUCCGUGUCCUUCCCCGAACUGGCAAGGCGGUCAAGAAGUUUGGCAAGUUCUAA